CCAAAGACACGCAUCAACGCUGCUUUGCAGGAAAGACGACUUUUGCGUGGUUAUCAACACUUCGACAUGGCUGGGGAGCGUGAAUUAAGCGACGGCCACCACGACAUAAUAGUGCGCUACUUGAAGUUCUCGAAGUCGCAGCGAGCCCAGCGCCUGAAAGUGAUCGACAAAAGUUUUGACGACGUCAAACAUGCGAGGCUCCUGGAGGAAACGUACACGUCCGAGGAAGUUCAACAGAUCCUCGACGAUCUUUGCACCGUGGUGCGAGCCGAGGUUGAGAGCGAGCUCAUCAAUUCGGCUCACGCGAACGUAGUUUUGCUGAGACAGCUUUGCAGGCAAGCCGAACAGUGGCACCUUCAGCUACAGGCCGAUAUGUCGGAACUCGAAGAUGGAUCACUGAUUGAAAAUGUUGGCAGCAUGGAACUGGAAGGAUUGAGCGCAGGAAAGCAACUGCAGGCGUCUUCGUCGAGGUCACACAAGUUGAGCCCACUUGAGGACUCGCAUGGAGCAAGUGCUCUUCUGCAGAAAGAAAUAGCACGAAUGAAGAGUGAGAACGCCAUGCUGAGAAGCCGGCUGAAGGAUGUUGAAAGUCAGGUUUCUCAAAUACUGAACCAGAAGUCUGAGCUGGCUGAGAGAUUCAACCAGAAGAAGUCCGAGUUGUUGGAAAGCUUGAAGAACAAGGAAAGAAAAAUGGAAGAAUCGACAGAUUUUAUCGAAGACCAAAUGAGCAAAGUCAAACUCGAAAUGGAGGAGAGCUUAAACAAAAGCCGGUUGUCGCAGCAGAAAUUGGAAUCUGACUUGGUGGUGACCAAACAAAAGCUUCUUGAAGUGCAGGCACAGUUGGACUUGGCCGAAAAAGAGUUGGAAAAAAAGUUCAGCCAAACCGCAGCUUACACAAACAUGAAGAAGAUGUUGUCCACUAAGAACGAUCAGAUCAAGGAGCUGCGGACUGCCCUGGCUACGUUUCAGACUGGAGAGGCAUAAAGAAAAAAAAAGAACUGUCAUGCUUGUACAGGUGGCACUGUCUGCAGUAUGCAACACAGCCACUUAGAGCGUUGGAACCUUCUAGUCUUUAUUAUCUUUUCUUUAGUACCACAAUGCUCACUUUUUCUCAUUUGGUACUUUAUCACCACUAUUGUGAUGUAAUUGUCUUUCUUUUUUUCAGUUGUAUAUUUAGUGUUUCAUUCAAUGUUCCUUGAGUGAUGUUCAGUGCAAUAUAUAUUUUACGACACCAAGACCUACAACAUUUUAACUUAUCAGGUAGCGUUCAUGUUGAGUUCUUUACAAAUACUGUUUCCCUCUCCUGAUCAUUAUUUCAGUACCAGUUCUCACGAGCUUGUGUGAACAUUCUUUUACACUUUAUUUUUAAUGAUUUUAAGUUGAUUGUCACGUACGUGCGACUAGGUGAAUUUUCUGUUUAUACAGACAAAUAGGUGCUCACAAAAAAAACUCAUUAGAGACACUUUGAUCUGUGAUAGACGACAUAUUUACUGUGAUCACUAGCUGCUUUAUCCGCGUGUACGAGGCAUUUAAGGCAGCUGGAAUGUUAGCUCUCAUGUGUUGGCUAAUGUUAAGAAAAGAAAAAUAUCAAAAACCCGGUUGUCUGUUGUAUAAAGUGAUAUUUUCACAGUGGUCAAAAGCACGUGAGUAGAUGUGAUAUGUAUUGUACAUGUGAAGUGAAUCAACAGGCCUCCCUUUACGCCUGCAUCCGAAGGCCAAUGGCAGGGUCAGCUAGAGUGAUAGAUUAAGUUCAUGCAAUAUGUCUGCAUUUUCUUUAAAAAAAGUCCCACUGUCGAAAAAGUCCCACUUAAAUAGACAGUCUGAGAAAACGUAUGGUAACACAAUUGCAGUUUGAUACAGCAAUUCCAGAUACAAGGACUGGUCAGAUACACAACAAAAUUAAAGUUUUGCUGGUAACGUUUCAGACUGAUGGUUUUUCUAUAGCUGUAUUGAACCUGAAGAAAGUGAAACCUAAAGCAAUAUUGGUUACAGUAUAACUAAUGUCUUUUUUGUGUCAGAGCUCAAGAUAUACACUGCGCUUUGAAAAAUGUCAACUCUGCAGCAAGGUCAACUUGAAGCAGUCAAUCUCUGUGCAUUUAAAUUAUCUUGCUUGUGAAAGUGCGCAUUUUAGAUGCGCAUUCAUGUAUGGCGGGCUGCUUUGCUCACCUGAAGUUUGCGUGCUAGCCACUGCGUCAUGUUGGAUGAGUGAGUGGGAAUGACAGUGCAAUGUUUGUCUGCCAUGUAAUGACAGUGCGAUGUUUAAGUGCCAUGUAUUGGCAGAUACGAGUUACCGAAGAGCCAGCAUAGCUUCAUUCAGUCAGCCUUCCAAGCAACCUCGGUUUGUCCAGGGAUAAGCCAUGCUUUAUUUGGUGUCGGUAUAUUGUAAUAUUACACCAGUUCUUUUGCAUAGACCCAGUCACAAACUUCCUUUCAUGGUCAUUAGUGCACGCAUAUUUGUAAUUAACACUGGAUGUAUUGUAAUGUCAGAUAUGCCUUAAUUCAACAGUGCAGCUUGUCGUAGUGAGAAAAUUGUAAUGAGUGAUCAUAUUUUUGCAUUUAAACUACACUUGUUCACAGCCUUUUAUGAUCAUGAAACUAAGGUUCUUACUGGACAGUGUUCCCAUUCGGAUUGCAUUUUUAUUUACCGCAAAUACGAAACUUUGUAUUGUUUAUUUACGAUAUUUGGAAAAAAAGAAGUGUACUUUGUAGUUUGUAUGUGAAGCAAUCUUGCAUGUCUCGGCGGAAUAGCGCGUUCAUGGAAAAGUGCUCGCACAUUUCGGAAUUUACAGGUCCGAAAUACUGCGCCACAUCCAUAUUGUAUUUUUUUGCUUAUCGGAGCUCUAAUCUCGUUAAAAGUGAUGCUGUGAACAUUUUGAAAUCUUAAUCUAUCACAGUGGCAUGCCUUACAAGUUCGCUGUUAUUGACCCCUUUGAAGUUUCACCACCAGAGCUUGUAAUGUGUGUGCAGAAUUUUUCAGCAAAAUCGCGCCAAUGGCAAAUGAGUCACGCAUACGUGCAGCUCACUUAUGCAGUUCAAACUACACAGUUUCCACCCAAUUUUAAACGCAGGUACAAAUUACAUUAGAGCUUAAUUGCACUAAAGCUUACAUUAUAUGUAGACUUUCAUAGCUACAUUUAGAUGGACAAGCUUUCACCUGUAUGCGUCAGCCGAAAGUGUAGCCUGUGCACAGGUUAGCGCUUCACAGUUAAGAGUUGCACAUCGUUCUAGUCUGAGAAAGAAAGCAGUAAUUUGUUUAUAAGCCCCAGUGAGGAGUAUGUUAUGAAAAUAUUUAUUGGGAACUCUGUUCAGGUCAACAAACUGUUCUUAUUGUUCAUAGUAUAGAUGGUUUCAUGUUGUGAUCGAUGUAUAAAAAUGUGCUGUGAAAGGCGUAUUUUCAUGUUGCGUAACCCAUCUUAAAUAGUUACGUGCACAGCAAGUUUGUUGUUUCCAUGUGGUAUCUGUCAGUUCUUUGCGAUUCCAGCAUUAUGAAAGCGUUUCUCUAAAACUGGACAUAUGUCUCAUAACACAUGUCAAAUGAAGAAGUGCUGGAAGAACUCUGUUAUUUAGUUGCUAGAUUUUGUGGUAGAAACCAUCAAGUUGAUGCAGCAAGUUGGUAUUUACAAGGUGGUUAUCUCUGUACAGAGUUUCAUUCUUUUGCUUGUUCAACAACUCUAGUCACUGAAAUUUUCAGGUGUGUGUGCAGCCCUACAAGUGUUGGUCUUUAGCUGCAAGACUUAUCGUAUUGCUAGUCUGGAAAGCUCUGGGAACAAAUAGCCAUUCACUUUAUUAAAAGGGUUAAAUCAACUCUUAGCACAGCCCCAUUUAAUACUCAGGACAUAGUAAUGAGUAAUGUGUUUUGUCAUUUGCAGGCCUAGCUAAUGAACAUUUAGAUUGCACCAUAAAUGCAUGAAAGCAGCCCCAACAUAUUUACCCUACUUGUGCCCUUUCCCUUCAUAUUUAAAGUCUUUCCUUUUAUUGUUCAUCUUAUACAUGUUCAUAAUGUUGGCUGAUGUACAUUCGUACCAGUCAGUUCUCCAUUACAGAUUGAAAGAGGAAAAUUGCCACUGUGUGAAUAACAAGUAGCAUGUGGGGUUUAUCCUGUUUGCAUGAAGUCAGUUUUUGUGUAUGUACGUCUGAACACCUCUUACGAACAGUCACGCAACGUUUACAACUAAUGCAUGAUGUAAUAGUGGCCAGAACAUUUGAGAGUACUUGCGUUACUGAGGUUAGCCUAAGAUGAGUAAUGUCAUAUGUAUUUCAUAAAUUAUGCAUUCAUACCAUUUUAUAUGGAAUGGCAGAAAUUGGACAGAAAAGGUAUUUGAUACACCCUAUUUGUGUUAGAAGAUGGGGUAAUUAUAAGAAAGUACAAGCUCACUGAAAGCUGGAAAAACAACCGGCCCAUCAGUUUCCACUCUGGAUGACCAGCCAGAUUGCUGGUGUUCUAGUGAAAUGUUUGCCGUGUUCAACGGACAUGGACUACUGCCAAUUGGUGUACUUGGAAAUGCUGGACUUGAUGAUGUGCACUACAUUAUUUUGGAAUUUAUCGACCGAGAAUCAACGAACUUCAAAUAUGUUGUGCAUUUGUCAUUCAGUUCUACUGUCCAUGUCCGUUUGGCACAAUCAGUUCACGCAACGAGUAGCCCCCCGUUUCUUCUAGUAUUUCCUUAUGAAACUGACUUGUGGAGUCUCAUCAUAAGAAGCUACUCGCAUCAUCCACAGAUGUGUACCACCUGAUUUGUGGCCAUUCUUUGCACUUGGCCUCUUGCAUAUUUCUCUGCCGUGUCUGAGGACAAGACUACUUUUUUUUUUACUCACUGCUAAGAGUUACUUCCUUGAAAUUAUAUCAUAUCACAGUUCCAUGUUUUAGAGUGAAACUUGGCAGACUAGAGUUAGUGUUUAACUUGAUGGUUCUAGUUGAUGUUUUUGUUCGUGACCUACUGUUCCUGUUUUCUUGUGUACCUUCGUGAA